AUGGAGGUCUUCGGCCCCGUCACGCCCGGCCAGGUGUCAUUUUUACUCGGUCUUUUCCCAGUCCUCAUUGCAUGGGUCUACUCCGAGAUCCUGGAGUACAAGAAGUCUUCGUUACAUGGGAAAGUUCACUCAGAUGCUACUUUGGAAAAUGAAACCUCCAAGGAAGAUGAGAAGGCUAUAUUAAUUGAAGGAGGCCAGUUGAAAUCACCAUCGGCGAAAUUCCGGAACAUGUCUACCAAAGCCAAUUUAAUACGGUUUAUAACAAUGGAUGAGCCUUUUCUGCUAGAAAACCGUGCUGUACUGAGAGCCAUGGCUGAAUUUGGCAUUGUGCUGGUUUACUUUUACAUUUGUGACCGGACAAACAUAUUUCCAGAAAGCAAGAAGAACUACAACAGAGACCUGUUUCUGUUCCUGUACAUUCUUCUUAUCAUAGCAUCAGCACUUACUUCACUUAAGAAGCACCAGGAGAAAUCAGCGUUUUCUGGAAAGUCCAUACUCUAUCUUAACCGCCACCAAACUGAGGAAUGGAAAGGGUGGAUGCAGGUCUUAUUUCUGAUGUACCACUAUUUUGGCGCGUCAGAAAUAUACAAUGCAAUUCGUGUUUUCAUUGCUUGCUAUGUUUGGAUGACUGGAUUUGGGAAUUUCUCGUACUAUUAUAUCAAGAAAGAUUUUAGCAUUGCAAGAUUUGCACAGAUGAUGUGGAGGCUAAAUUUCUUUGUGGCUUUCUGUUGCAUUGUCCUUGACAAUGAUUUUAUGUUGUACUAUAUCUGCCCAAUGCACACCCUAUUUACACUUAUGGUGUACGCAUCACUUGGCCUGUUUAACAAGUAUAAUGAGAUACCAUCAGUUAUGGCUAUUAAGAUUGCUGGCUGCUUCUUGGCUGUCAUUUUGAUAUGGGAAGUUCCUGGGGUAUUCGAAAUUUUGUGGGCCCCCUUUACGUUCCUGCUUGGCUAUAAAGAUCCAGAGCCUUCUAAGUCACACUUACCCUUAUUGCAUGAGUGGCAUUUCCGAUCUGGGCUUGAUCGGUACAUAUGGAUUGUUGGAAUGAUCUAUGCUUACUUUCACCCUAAUGUGGAAAGAUGGAUGGAGAAGCUGGAAGAAUCUGAGACUAAGGUUAGGUUGUCGAUCAAGGGUACCAUUGUGACUCUUUCAGUCCUGGCUGGCUAUCUGUGGUAUGAAUAUAUCUACAGGCUGGACAAAAUUACGUACAACAAGUACCAUCCGUACACGUCAUGGAUUCCUAUCACUGUAUAUAUUUGCCUACGCAAUUGCACCCAACAGUUGAGGGGCGCUUCUUUGGCUCUUUUUGCUUGGCUUGGCAAGGUCACUCUGGAGACUUAUAUUUCCCAGAUCCACAUUUGGCUCAGGUCUAGUGUACCAAACGGGCAGCCCAAAUGGCUUCUGUCUUUCAUACCGGGUUACCCGAUGCUUAACUUCAUGCUAACGACAUCAAUCUAUCUUUUGCUAUCAUACCGGGUAUUUGAGAUCACAAACGUGUUGAGGGCAGCCUUCAUUCCUAGCAGAGAUAACAACCGCCUGUACCAGAAUUUCGUUGCCGGGGUUGUCAUCUCUGUAUGUCUGUAUUGCUGCUCACUCGUUCUUCUAAAAAUUCCGGCUGUAUAG